GCACGAGGCCUUUGACGAAAAGUUGAAAACAAAACAGUAACGCUCAGGCGCAAAACUCCACAAAACCUCUGCCCCACAGAAGCCGUACUCACUCAUCAUUACUCAAUGCUUCAACCACACUACUCACUGUAAAGAAACCCUAACAAAAUCAUCUCAAAACUUGAUUCUCUUUCCAAGCUUCAACAUUCCCCAAGAAACACACAAAGACAGCAACCAACUUUCAAUCAAGCUUUGGUUUGUUGAGUUCCAAAGAGUAGGAGACAAGAAAGAAAAUGAUGAGGAAGAAGAAGAAAGGCAACAACUUUAAGCUACUGACUUUGUUUCUGUUUCUUCUUGGUACAUGCCUUGGUGACUACGGCAUUGGAGUCGGAAUCGGCGACGGUGGAGUUUGGGUCGGCGGAGGCGGCGGCGGUGGCGGAAACCAUAAUUCCGAUCCUGGAAAUGCAGCUUACCGUGCUCUUCAAUCCUGGAAAUCCGCCAUCACAGAAGACCCAUCCGGUCUUCUCAAGACAUGGGUCGGCGAAGAUGUCUGUUCUUACAAAGGAAUCUUCUGUUCUGGCUCGUCAGUAAUCUCCAUAGAUCUAAACAAAGCAAAUCUCAAAGGCACCAUCGUCAAAGACCUAUCCCUCCUCUCGGACUUAACCAUCCUCCAUCUCAACACCAACAGAUUCUCCGGUCAAAUCCCAGAUUCCUUCACAGCCUUAGAUUCUCUCCAAGAGCUCGAUCUCAGCAACAACAUGUUCUCAGGCUAUUUCCCUCGAGUCACUCUCUACAUCCCCAAUCUCAUCUACCUCGAUCUCCGGUUCAACAAUUUCACCGGUUCGGUUCCUCAGAAUCUAUUCAACAAACAGUUAGACGCGAUUCUCCUCAACAACAACCAAUUCACCGGAGAAAUCCCCCGGAACCUCGGAUACUCGUCCGCAUCCGUGAUUAAUUUGGCUAAUAACAGAUUAUCCGGCGAGAUACCGGCGAGUUACGGCGUAUCCGGUUCGAAAUUGAAGGAGGUUCUGUUAUUGAAUAACCAGUUAACCGGUUGUAUACCGGAAUCGGUCGGGAUGUUUUCCGACAUCGAGGUCUUCGAUGUUAGUUUUAAUUCGUUGAUGGGUCACGUCCCCGACACGAUCUCUUGCCUGUCGGAGAUCGAGGUUUUGAACUUCGGACAUAAUAAAUUAUCCGGCGAUCUUCCUGAUUUGGUUUGUUCUUUGAGGAAUCUGAUGAAUCUCACCGUUGCUUUUAACUUCUUCUCCGGGGUUAGCUCCGAGUGCUCGAGAGUAGUCAGCUUUGGAUUUGAUUUUGCUGGAAAUUGUAUUCCUGGUAUGAGUUACCAGCGACCGCGGCCGGAUUGUUCGGCGAUUCCCGGCAGCGCUUUGAGUUGCCUUAGGAUUCCGGCGCAGCCGCUAACGUGUGAUGCGAUGUUGGGACUGAAGGUGACUUCACCACCCCCAUGAAAAUAACAAAGUUGGAAGCUUUUUGUUUUUUGUUUCUUUUGAUUCUCUUUGUUGCAAGAUUUGUUAUGGUUUUGUGACUUUAUUAUGAUAGAAAAUGCCAAAAAUGGUUUUAUCAGUUGAUUUAGUAUAUGAUUGAUUGAUUACUAGAAGCUUAUUUCUGAUC